AUGGGGAAGGGAGCGCAAGGGAGCGACGCGGCGGCGGCGGCGGCUGGGGCCGGCGAGGUGGAGGAGAACAUGGCGGCGUGGCUCGUGGCCAAGAACACCCUCAAGAUCAUGCCCUUCAAGCUCCCGCCCCUUGGCCCUCAUGAUGUCCGCGUGCGCAUGAAGGCAGUGGGGAUUUGCGGCAGCGAUGUGCACUACCUCAGGGAGAUGCGCAUCGCGCACUUCGUGGUGAAGGAGCCGAUGGUGAUCGGGCACGAGUGCGCAGGCGUGAUCGAGGAGGUGGGCGCCGGCGUGACGCACCUGUCCGUGGGGGACCGCGUGGCGCUGGAGCCCGGCGUCAGCUGCUGGCGCUGCCGCCACUGCAAGGGUGGGCGGUACAACCUGUGCUCCGACAUGAAGUUCUUCGCCACGCCGCCCGUGCACGGCUCGCUGGCGAACCAGGUGGUGCACCCGGGCGACCUGUGCUUCAAGCUCCCCGACGGCGUGACCCUGGAGGAGGGUGCGAUGUGCGAGCCCCUGAGCGUGGGCGUGCACGCGUGCCGCCGCGCCGGGGUGGGGCCCGAGACGGGCGUGCUCGUCGUGGGCGCCGGCCCCAUCGGCCUGGUCACGCUCCUGGCGGCGCGUGCGUUCGGCGCACCGAAAGUGGUGAUCGUGGACGUGGACGACCACCGCCUGUCCGUGGCCACGUCCCUGGGCGCUCACGCGACGGUCAAGGUGUCGACCCGGGACGAGGACCUUGACGCGGAGGUGGAGCGCAUCCAGGCGGCCAUGGGCGGUGCGGACAUCGACGUGAGCCUGGACUGCGCCGGGUUCAGCAAGACCAUGUCGACGGCGCUGGAGGCGACGCGGGCCGGCGGGAAGGUGUGCCUGAUCGGGAUGGGCCACAACGAGAUGACGCUGCCGAUGACGUCGGCGGCGGUGCGGGAGGUGGACGUGGUGGGCGUGUUCCGGUACAAGGACACCUGGCCGCUGUGCAUCGACUUCCUGCGCAGCGGGAAAGUGGACGUGAAGCCGCUCAUCACCCACCGCUUCGGCUUCUCGCAGCGAGACGUCGAGGAGGCCUUCGAGGUCAGCGCCCGCGGCCGCGACGCCAUCAAGGUCAUGUUCAACCUCUAG